AAGUCAAUCAGUAUCACAUGUGAGCUGCUUGUGUCAUGAAGAACACAGGUAAAAACUGUUUUUUCUGGAGCUGGUGAAGACGCACAAAACCGAACACCAACACCGCGGACUGAAGGCUUAACGUCACAGAAAGAGCCAAUGAGAGCCGUUGCAGUCCUCGGAGGAGGGAUCGGGGGUUUGGCCUCCUCCUAUUACCUGUGCAAAAACCCACAGGUUACCAAGGUCAUUCUGUUAGAGUCCAGCAGCCGUUUUGGGGGUUGGCUCCAGUCCACCAGGAGGGCAGAUGGAACCGUGUUUGAACAUGGACCCAGAGGAAUACGAUCUUUGGGGGCAGUGGGACGCAACACAUUAAAUAUGGUUGAAGACCUGGGUCUAGAGCCAGAGCUUCUUUCUGUUAACAGUCGUCAUGUUGCCUCUAGGAACAGGUUUCUAUAUAUUCAUGGGCAGCUCCACUCUCUGCCAAAAGGAAUCAGUGGACUUUUGAGGACAAACCCACCCUUCUCCCGUCCUCUCCUGUGGAAUGUUGUCAACGAAUUAUUGGUGAAGAAGUCUGAUAAGGAUGAUGAGUCUGUUCACUCAUUUUUUUCACGUAGGCUGGGAGCGGAGCUGGCAGAUGUGGCUGUGGACUGUUUGUGUCGCGGUGUGUUUGCAGGUGAUAGCAAGAGGCUGAGUAUUCGCUCUUGUUUGCCCAUGUUGUACAACGCUGAGCAGCGCAGAGGUUCCGUGAUCCUGGGGAUGCUGCUGGGCUCAGAUCCUGGUCCUGUGGUCUCCUCUGGUCCUCUGGCUCAGAGAUCUAUAAAAGAGUGGUGGAGUCAGUGGUCACUGAGGAGAGGAAUGGAGAGUCUAGCAGAAACCAUCUGUGAAUUUCUUCAACAGAGCGGCAGAGUGGAGCUUCACACAGAUGCCGCUGUUCAACACAUCAGCCCCUCAGCCUCUGGUUGGACAAUUCAGCUGGAGGAUGGCGUGGUAUCUGCUGAUCACAUCAUCUCUGCACUUCCUGCCAAAGCUCUCUCCUCCGUGCUCCCAUCCUCCUGUGAACCACUGAUUCGGGAGCUGCAAGAAAUCAACUUUGUAACUGUGGCUGUGGUCAACCUGGAGUAUGAAGGUUGUGUUCUACCACUGAUGGGCUUUGGUCACCUGAUCCCAUCCUGGGAGGAUCCUGCUGUAAUGGGGAUUAUCUAUGACUCUGUUACCUUCCCUGAACACAACAGACCGGAUGGACUGACCACGAGACUGACGGUGAUGAUGGGCGGGGCCUGGUUCCAGGAUGAGUUCGGUUCUCCUGAAACGGUGACGGAGGAGCGUCUGUUAGCCAGAGCUGCUGAGGCAGUGCGCAUCCACCUGCAGGUCAACACUGCGCCCUGCUGGAGUCGAGUGGUUCUGCAAAAGGACUGUAUACCUCAGUACUACCUGGGACACCACAGGAGAGUAGAGUCCAUGUGCAGCUUCAUAAAGGACAAUAACCUCUCCCUGUCUCUGGUCGGUGCCUCCUUCAACGGCGUAUCAAUAAAUGAUGUCAUCUUCAGUGGAAGGACAGCUGUAGACGAGUUGUUAGGGACGACAUGAAGACGUCCAUGCUUGGACCCAUGAAGAAAAAGUAAAGGUUCCACUGAACAUUCUUCUGAACUUUC